AUGACCAGCCUGAAGCUCCCACCCAUGGAGCGUACCGUUGGGGGUUCCAUCCCCGCCACUGAUGAGUUUUACACCCGCCACCUCCGUAUUGUCAAUGGGGGAGCUGUGCCCACACGCACAGACAACGUCCACACCACUGUGAGCACAGGAGUGCCUAAAAUGGGUGUACGGGCUCGGGUGGCUGACUGGCCCCCUCGGAAAGAUGUCACGGGAGCUUUGUGGCAUGCCAGUAUAGAGCCUGAGAACUCUGGUGUGCCCCCUGCUGGAAAAAGUCACAUUAAGCUCGGCUCCAUUAUAAGCCCUCAGGACUCGUCAAUGCUGCGUAACAUCCACAACACUUUGAAAAACAGAACCCAAGCCCAGGCUAACAAUUACAGCCCAGACACGCGUUACCUGGCACCAGGAGACCACCGGGGUCCUGCACAUAGGAACCCACGACAGAGACGCAUUCGUCAGCGCAGCAACAGCGACAUGACUAUCAGUGAGAUGGAUGCCAGUGGGGACAGUGGUGAAGAGUGGGGUCCAACUGUGGGAGCAAAAUGGUCCCCUCUUCACCGAGAAUAUGGUAGCACCUCCUCAAUAGAUCAGCACGGAGCCUCUGGAGAAAGCUUCUUUGAAAUGCUUAAGGGAUAUCAAGGGGAGAAGGUAGACCAGCGUAGUCCUGCUCCAGAGAAACUGGAGGACAUGCUUGUUGGACCCAAGCAGGCGAUCAUUGAUCUUCAGGAGGAUGCCACAGAUGGCCAACCAGCUAAAGCUAAAGAUAAACCCCCAAAGAGACGCACUAAAUCUGAGACAGGGGGUGAAUCUAUAUUCCGGAAACUUCGGAAUGUGCGGGGUGAGUCUGACUCCCCGAGAGCGGGAUCUGAUGCCGAGGACAGCCGGACUGAUGACAUGGGUCCUCCUCCCAAGCCUUGGAUGUGUCAGAAGGGCUUUUCCCACUAUGAUGUUCAAAGCAUGCUAUUUGACCUCAAUGAAGUGAUUCAGUUUCGGCAGACUGCAGGCAAGAGGAAAAACACCACCACAGGGGCGUCUGCUGCUGCCGUAGCCUCAGCGACAUCCACACUGUCUUCUACCCACAGCCUACCUUACAGCUCCCCAAGUGGCAGCCAAGAAGAGCUCAGUUUGAGAGACAGCCCUGGCCUGGAUGCAGGAGACGAACAGAGCAAUGAAAUGCUACUGAGCUGCCCCUGCUUCCGCAAUGAGAUUGGUGCAGAUGGUAAUGGCAGGCGUAGAGUGGGAGCAGGUGGGGCAGUGUACCAUGGGGUUGCGAGUAGUGGAACGGGUAGCGGUGGCUCAGGGAACUUCAGUGGAGAUGGAAAUUUGUAUGAAACAUCUGUGAGUACACACUGCACCAAUGCUGGAGUCGCAGUGCUUGAGGGACCCAAGGAGGGCCCCAGCACACUCAGCGAAAAGGGCAAACAAUACAUAGUGGAGCAUGUAGACCUGGGAGCCUACUAUUACAGGAAGUUCUUCUAUCUUAGGGAGCACUGGAAUUACUUUGGGAUGGAUGAGAGUCUUGGUCCAGUGGCAGUGAGUUUGCGCAGAGAGAAGCUGGAAGAGGACAAGGAGCAUGGCCAGCAGUAUAACUACCGCCUCAUCUUCAGGACCAGUGAGCUGACAACUCUAAGAGGAUCUAUCCUCGAGGAUGCAGUGCCUUCCACGUCUAAGCAUGGCACUACUAGAGGGGUGCCCGUUAAAGAGGUACUGGAGUACCUUCUCCCUGAACUGGAUCUAUCCUGCCUCAGACUGGCCCUCAACACACCUAAAGUCACAGAGCAGCUCAUGAAACUGGAUGAACAAGGGCUGAGUUUUCAGGUGAAGGUAGGGGUGAUGUACUGCCGGGCAGGGCAGAGCACUGAGGAGGAGAUGUACAACAACGAGACUGCCGGUCCCGCUCUUGAAGAGUUCCUUCAGCUGCUGGGGGAGAAAGUUCGCCUCAAGGGCUUCACCAAAUACAGAGCUCAGCUGGACACGAAAACGGAUUCCACGGGCACUCACUCCCUGUAUACAACAUAUAAGGACUAUGAGAUCAUGUUCCAUGUGUCAACUCUGCUGCCUUACACGCCCAACAACAAACAACAGCUGCUGAGGAAGCGCCACAUAGGGAACGACAUAGUCACAAUCGUGUUCCAGGAGCCUGGUGCUCACCCCUUCACCCCCAAGGCCAUCCGCUCUCACUUUCAACAUGUCUUCAUCAUUGUCCGUGUGCAUAACCCAUGCUCUGACAACACAUGCUACAGUGUGGCAGUCACCCGUUCCCAAGACGUUCCCUCUUUUGGCCCACCAAUCCCCAAGGGAGUCACCUUUCCCAAGUCUACCGUCUUCAGGGACUUCCUCCUGGCCAAAGUCAUUAACGCUGAAAACGCAGCCCACAAGUCAGACAAAUUUGGUGCCAUGGCAACACGCACCCGGCAGGAGUACCUGCGGGACUUAGCGGAGCGUCACGUGACCAACACACCAGUAGAACCCACUGGGAAGUUCCCCUUCAUCUCUCUGGCACAUAAACGACGGGAGAAGGUGCGGCCGUACAGUGGGGCAGAGCUUCGGAGUCUUGGGGCAGUGACUUGGCAGGUUCACGCUGAAGACCAGGUGGCUGGUGCUGAACGCGAGUGCCUAUUGGCCAUUUCAAAUGACUUCAUCAUCUUACUGGAUCAGGAGGCCAAAGCUGUUGUUUUUAACUGUGCCACGCGAGAUGUGAUAGGGUGGUCAACGGGGAGCCCCGCUUCCAUGAAGAUCUACUAUGAGCGUGGGGAGAGUGUGUCACUCCGCUCCAUCAAUAAUAACACUGAAGACUUUGGAGAGGUUGUCAAAAGGCUGGAGUUGCUGACCAAAGGCAGUCAGACAACAGAGAUCACCCUGCGACGAAAUGCCCUGGGACAGCUGGGCUUUCAUGUGAACUUUGAGGGCAUUGUAGCAGAGGUGGAGCCCUAUGGCUACGCCUGGCAGGCUGGGCUCAGGCAAGGCAGCCGGCUGGUGGAGAUCUGCAAAGUGGCAGUUGCCUCGCUGUCCCACGAGCAGAUGAUCGACCUGCUCCGAACCUCCGUCACUGUCAAGGUGGUCAUCAUCCCCCCACAUGAGGACUCCACACCUCGCAGAGGCUGCUCAGAAAUUUACCACAUGCCAUUAGUGGACUACAAGAACCACAAAGAAGGCAUGCCAUAUGAGCUGAAGUUCCCCUUCCGCCCGACUAACAACAACAACACCAAGUGGCCGCGUACCUCAUCCAGCCCUCAAACACGCGCUGCCGGCACAGCAGGAACGCUGAUUAAAGCCCCACCCUCUGACUUUGGUGAUCGUAAUUCUGCUGCCAUCCCCCGCAGUGUGUCCAGCGAUGGCCGACCCCUCAACCCCAAAAGAUAUUCUCCAGGGAAUGACAACUACGCUCUUGCCUGCUCCAUUGUGAUGGGUCGCACAAUGCAAAACACAAACUCUCCCUCCAGUCUCUCCUACACAGACACCAUGAGCUCCAGCCACUGGAGGCAGAAGUCUAUGCCAGAUGGGUUUAACAACAACUGCCAGUCCCCCGUGUCAUCUGUACGGCAGGCAGCAGGUGAAGGGGCCAACGGGGUCAAAGUGUGCUCUACUGCCGGUUGGACCCGAAGCGGAGAUGUGGAUUCAUCUGGUAGACUGGACAAAACCAGUGCCGACCCUGCGGUUUCAAAGGCAGUGAUUCCUCGACUCCAACCACCAGAGCAGGGCAAUCACAUGUCUCCAAACAAAAGCACUAAGGAUGCUCCAUAUUCAUCCAGUCAGUCGAGCAGCAACACACUGUCAAGCAACGCCUCCAGUUCGGCCCACAGUGAUGAGAAGUGGUACGAAGUUGGCUCGCGUUCAGGCGUGCGGGGUGACCUAGAGCUCAAUGGAUACCUUCAGGGGGCCUCCACUGACAGUGGCAUCGAUGCCACCUCUUUCACUGCCACCCAAAGUAGCACAGCAUCCUCCACCGGUGCCUUCAGGGCCAAAGAAAAAAUCCCGUGGCAGGAUGAAGCAUCAGGCAGCCAGGGGGCUGCCGACUCCUCAUCUCCGCCGCCAGACUCUCUUCUCGCCAUUGGAGGCAGUGAAAUCCAGACGAAGAGUCCCUCAGCAUUUCCUCUUGUUCCUGACAACGGCUCUUACACCAUGAGUGAUGCCGCCUCCCACUCCAGCACGCUGAGUUCUGGCCACUCAGGGAGUCCAAUGGGCCAAGGCUGCAGCCCCAUGUCCUCCCAGGAGGAGGCAGCAGCCACGUCUCCCACCUCCCAGAACUCCCAGUCUCCAGGGCCCAAGAGCUUCUACCCUCGCCAAGGAGCAACAUCGAAGUACCUGAUUGGCUGGAGGAAACCUGGUGGAACCGUCAACUCUGUGGACUUUGGCAGCACUCGCAAACGGCAUCAGAGUGACGGUCUCCUGGGUGGUCAGCCACAGCUCAGGGCAAACCUCCGGGGCGCUCAGUCCCCCCACCGGCAAGCCCCCAAGUCCAGCCUGGAAGAAGAGUUAAAGAAGCUCAUCACACUUGACAGCCCUCCGCCCACUACAAGUGAAGAGAAGCCCUUGUUUCCAGGACCGCCACCCAGCCGUCGCUCCCUUCAGAGAACACUGUCAGAUGAGAGUAUUUACAGUGGACAGAGGGAGUCAUCUUCUAGUGGACAGCGUGACACUCCCACUGACCUUCUGUUUAGCUGCUCCACCAUACCACGCUCACCCACAGCUCGCCAUACGCAGGCCCGACGACCGUCACACAAGUCAAUGGGAGACCUGUCAGCCCCAGAGAGUACGGAGUCAGAGCAGGACAGGAAGCGGCUGCAGCUGGAGGAGCCUGUCCUGAUGCCCCUGCCUGACACCGGGGCUGAUGGUCCACUGGACUGGGCCCACCUGGUGGAUGCCGCCAAGGCCUUUGAGGAACAGAGGCUGGUCUUCCUCGCCGCCCAAGAAGAGAACGCCGUGGCUGAGAGUGCAGCGACCAGCAGCCCCCAGCAGGCCGAGCCUCAGGCAGCCCCGCUGAGGCAGCCCUCGCCUGAUGAGACUCCAGCCUGUCUGAUGGGGAAGGUGAGCCAGUUGGAGAAUAUGGUGAAGGUGCUACAAGAAGACCUGAAGAAGGAGAAGGAUGCUAAAGCGUCGCUGCAGGCCCAGAUCCAAAGUCUGCGAGAGGACAACCAGCGACUCCUGGAAGAGUCCUACAGCGCCUCAGCCAAGCUCAAGAAGUUCACAGAGUGGGUCUUCAACACUAUCGACAUGAACUGACGCACACAGCCACUGACUGCUUUCCAAUGGGAGUUAUGACCACUACUGGAGCUGAUCUGUUGUUCAGUACUUCACACACAACAUGGUCCAACACAGACCAUCUGAAAAUUGCUUAAAAAAAAACAAAACAAAACUCUUGGGCUUUUUAUAAACUAGUGCCAACAUGACCUUACUCACCAUAAUGUUUCAGCCUCCAGUAUGUUUAGCAUUAUUUUGGGAGAACGGGCAGAGAAAGAGCAGCAGUGUGACAGUGUUACCCAGCAUGCACUCCUCUCCUUAGGAUUCUCUCAGAUGAUGUGAUGCUUUGUGUCUGAUGGAUUGUUGGUAUCUCUGCAUGUAGGAGAGGGCAGGAUGUCGAAUUUAACCCGAGACAUUUAAAGCUACUGUCCUCAUUAACGCUCCCUAGCUAGCCUAAUUACAAAUUAACACAUUACCGAUUAUUUCCAACAUGAAUUAAAUUGCUUUAUUCCAUGCACGAGUUGGAGCACACCUCAUAUCCCUUUGGGAGAAGUUGACACUUUCCAAGAAUUGACAGUGGAUUGUAGAAGAAUCAAUUCAGUGAUAACGCCACUGAUUAUUUUUUAUUACUAACAAAACCAAAAGAAGCUGUAUGAGGUGAGAAAUCCCCUAUUAGACAAUAUGUUUUUAUGAUAGAGCAGUGUGAGUAGGUAGACACAGACCGACAGAGAGACAGACAGAUGGACCCUUUGCAUAGCACAUACUGUAAACACUGUAAGGUCACGUCUGUCUGAAUUUACUAUGAACAGGUUGUACAAGUGUGUGAAAUGUUUAAUUUCUAGAGGGUUAUUGCAAGUAAAAUAUGUAUAGGACUACUGGUCACAUGCUGAUGCAAAGAAUAUACAGUAUAUUGUAAAAACACAAAGCAGUAUGAGUGCCACAAAGAUAUAGAGGCUGACAGUUCAGUGUCAUUUAAUCAGAGUCUUGUAAAUAUAUAACAUUUAUUUUCUCACCUCUGCCCUUGAUAUUGUAUGUAAAGAUAUUUAUGACAAAGGUGAUGGCCAAGAAAAGAAAGAAAAAAAAAAAAAAAGCCAUUUGCAGUGAAGAGACCUGCAUGUGUUCAUUUACAGUCCAUCUCUUAUACGAGGGAGGACGUUCAAGUCUAAAUAAAGGUUCAAACCAUGUCAACCUUUAUUCCAAACGUAUGGAAUAAUCGACGGUGCCACUGUUGACAACGUGUAAAACGCUACAUGGAACUGAUGCCCCCCCCACCCACUCCCCCAAUCCACACCUUCUCAAUCCGUAGCAUGCUUUAAGGCCUCAAUCUGAUCCUGAUCUCUGUCAUAGACUAAAUGGGUACUGUUUACUUUAUGAUUACAUGGUGAGACGUCUGUAAAUCCUGAAAUUCCAGCUACAGUGUUUUCUGUAGUGUGUAAAUUUGCUUGAAAGCCCAACCUGAAAUUGGUCAGUAAAUGACCAGCAGUAAUGGAACAGAGUCCUUAUUUACUUUGAGCCCCAUAAAUGUUUCCUUUUGUACUCAGAUACUGUGCAACUGUAUAUAUGGAGAAUUUGAUAUUUCAUCAGAAUUUGCACCUUCACCCUUAUUUUUUAAGAUUUUUUUUAUGUAUUUCUUUAUUGGCCAGGAUGUAGUGAUGAGCUACAGGAGUGGUGAUAGAUGAACAGGGGAUAAGACAGAACAAAAACCAUGAGCUGGACUCAUAGAUAAAUGAGUUCCAAGCCGUAGCACAGCGAAUCGCCCCUGCACCUUCAUUCAACAUGUGUGACAGCAUGUCAUUCUGUUUCCAUUGAGCUGUGAUGUGUAAAAAUGUUUAUAUCUAUUAAAGAUAUUUUGUUGAAUUACA